AACUGGUCUUGGCCCAUUGGAAUUUGUUCUCCACUUGUUUCUUUUGUCACCAGCUCAACAAGGGUUUUCAUCUCUCCCUCUCUCCCUCUCUCUCUCUCUCCCCCCCAACAAGUGUUAGCAGGGUUUUAUUAUUAUCAUCUCAGGGCUACAAAAAUGGGGGUGGAGAGUGAAAAAUCAGUGCAACUCUUCCUCAGCAUCGGUUUAGAUGAAAGAACGGCUAAGAACACAGUGGCUAAUACCAAAGUCACUAAGAAUCUCCUGGCUGUAAUUGACGAGGCUGGUGUUGCUGAAGGAUGUGAAAGGGCUAUUGGGAAUCUUAUUUACACGGUUGCUACUAAGUUUCCGGCAAAUGCCCUCGUGCAUCGACCAACUCUACUUCAGUACAUCGUUACUUCAAAGAUUAAAACCCCAGCCCAAUUGGAAGCUGCCUUUGCUUUUCUAUCAAAUACCGCUUCCGAGACUUUGAAGGUUAAGGAAUUUGAAGAAGCUUGUGGAGUUGGAAUUGAGGUGUCUUUGGAGGACAUGGAGAAAACAGUAAAUGAUAUAUUUGAAGAGAAUAAGAAUACUAUAAUAGAGCAAAGAUAUCGAACAAAUGUCGGCGAACUUUUUGGUCAUGUUCGGAAGAGACAGCCAUGGGCUGAUCCGAAAGUUGUCAAGCAACUCAUAGAUACGAAAUUGUAUGCGUUACUUGGUGAAAAGACUGCUGCAGAUAAUGAGAAGCCUGCUAAAAAGAAAAAAGAAAAGCCUGUCAAAGUAGAGGAGAAAAAAGCUGUUGAAGAAAGUACUGUACCAAAGCCACCAGAAGAAGAUAUGAAUCCAUAUGCUGUAUUUCCUCGACCUGAUGAAAAUUUUAAGGUGCAUACUGAAGUUUUUUUCAGCGAUCGACCUGUGCUCAGAGCUUGCAAUUCAAAGGAAAUACUUGAAAAGCAUUUAAAGAAAACAGGUGGAAAAGUUUUGACGCGCUUUCCACCAGAACCAAAUGGAUAUCUGCAUAUAGGUCACGCCAAAGCAAUGUUUGUCGACUUUGGUCUGGCAAAGGAAAGAAAUGGAGGCUGCUAUCUAAGGUAUGAUGAUACUAAUCCUGAAGCUGAGAAGAAAGAGUACAUUGAUCAUAUAGAAGAAAUUGUUAAGUGGAUGGGAUGGGAGCCAUAUAAGAUCACAUACACCAGUGAUUACUUUCAAGAUCUAUAUGAUCUAGCUGUGAAGCUCAUACAGAAGGGCCAUGCAUAUGUUGAUCAUCAGACAGCUGAGGAGAUCAAAGAGUACAGGGAAAAAAAGAUGAACAGUCCUUAUAGAGAUAGGCCAAUUGAACAAUCUUUGAAAUUGUUUGAUGAAAUGAAACGAGGCAUGAUUGAGGAAGGGAAAGCAACUCUGCGGAUGAAACAGGACAUGCAAAGUGAUAACUUUAAUAUGUAUGACCUCAUUGCAUAUCGUAUCAAGUUUACUCCUCAUCCACAUGCAGGAGACAAGUGGUGUAUUUAUCCAAGCUACGAUUAUGCUCACUGCAUCGUGGAUUCUCUAGAAAAUAUCACACAUUCGCUCUGCACACUUGAAUUUGAGACACGACGUGCUUCAUAUUAUUGGUUAUUGGAUGCGCUUGAGCUUUACCAGCCUUUUGUAUGGGAGUACUCGCGUUUGAAUAUCACCAAUACAGUGAUGUCAAAACGCAAGUUGAACCGUCUUGUGACAGAGAAGUGGGUUGAUGGUUGGGAUGAUCCUCGUUUGAUGACAUUAUCUGGAUUACGACGUAGAGGGGUUACCUCUACUUCCAUAAAUGCUUUUGUCCGAGGAAUUGGAAUAACACGAAGUGACUGUAGUAUAAUUCGUUUGGACCGCCUUGAGCACCACAUUCGGGAAGAACUGAACAAAUCAGCACCUCGUAAAAUGGUAGUACUAAAUCCACUUAAGGUUGUAAUCACCAAUAUGGAAGGAGGCACAUCGAUGGAUCUUGAUGCAAAGAAAUGGCCAGAUGCUCAAACAGAUGACCCAUCUUCUUUCUACAAAGUUCCUUUUUCGAAUGUUGUCUACAUUGAGCACACCGACUUUCGAGUUAAAGACUCAAAGGACUACUAUGGGCUUGCUCCGGGGAAAACGGUUUUACUAAGGUAUGCAUAUCCUAUAAAAUGCACAGAUGUAAUACUUGGAGAUGACAAGGAGACUGUUCUAGAGAUUCGCGCGGAAUAUGAUCCCUUGAAGAAGACAAAGCCCAAGGGAGUUCUUCACUGGGUUGGAGAACCUUCACCUGGAGUUGAGCCACUGAAGGUGGAAGUCCGAUUGUUUGACAAAUUGUUUCUUUCUGAGAAUCCUUCUGAGCUUGAUGACUGGCUUGGUGAUUUGAACCCCCAGUCUAAAGUGGUGAUGCCUUGUGCAUAUGCUGUACCUACACUUCGUAAUGCUACAGUCGGGGAGAGCUUUCAGUUUGAAAGGCUAGGUUAUUUUACUGUUGAUAAGGAUUCAACUUCUGAUAAGUUGGUUUUCAAUCGAACUGUAACAUUGCGAGAUAGUUACGCCAAGGUUGGGAAGUGAUUUGCUUGAAAAAAGUGAGCGAGAACAGCAAGCAGCAAGAUAAAACAAUUACUGGCCUCUGCUUAUUUAUACUGAAUAGAAAGUUAAAUUUUAGUUGUGUCUAAACUGUAGUUUACUACUCAUUAUAGAAUCAAAGAAAAGAUUUGUUUAACUUGGGUAUUGUAGAAAACAGCCCGUGACACAGUUUCCCGUUGGUCUGUCAAGUUUCCCGUUGGUCUGUCAAAAUUUCACGGGGGUUGAAUCUAACUUUCAUUUUAUAUGGGACAUGGUAUUGUGGUGUAA